CCAUGGGCAUGUGUGCCUGCCGGUCACCGGCUAAAUUAUUGCGUUAUUUUAAUAAAAUCAGAGACGCAAAGACGUUUUCGGUUGCAUCAAAUACAAGAACAAACAUUGUAGCAAGGUUAUGUGCCCCAUCAAUUCAAUUUAAUGGUAGUUUGAUUGCGUAUGCGUCCACUGGAAAUGGCCAAAAUAACAAAUCGCCCAGCAUCACAGAAUCCAUCCUCCAGCAAAAAGUUGGAAAGAUGCCGAAGGACGACAACGUCAAGGAUAAGGAGCCACCUAAAGGGAACAAAGAUAAGGACAAAAAAAGCUCAAAGUGGACAGGGCAGAAUAUGUGGAAAAUUGGCCUCCUCAGUUUAGGAGGAAUGAGCGCGUUAUCUUGUGGAAUUUUGCUGAAAGAAUGGGGUGCUCCAAGAUUAGAUGAGAAUGGAAAAGAGAUUCAAGACGAAUUUUCACAUUUACCUAUUUGGCAACAGUAUCCAAAAAGAGCACUUAGGGAAUUCGAAUUCUAUAAACAGCUUAUAAAAGACCCCACCAGUGAAAAGCUUUUACCAGAUCCACUGAAAGAGCCAUACUACCAACCACCCUAUACCCUUGUGCUAGAAAUGACCGGUGUUUUAGUGCAUCCAGACUGGACUUAUGGUACUGGAUGGCGAUUCAAGAAACGUCCUGGAAUAGAAUAUUUCUUACAACAAGUUGGCCCUCCUAUUUUUGAAGUCGUGAUCUAUACUGCAGAACAGGGAUUUACUGCUUUCCCGAUUUUAGACAGCCUUGAUCCCCAUGGUUACAUUACUUACCGACUAUUCAGAGAUGCCACCAGAUACGUGAAAGGUCACCAUGUAAAGGAUUUAGCGUGUCUUAACCGCGAUCUCUCCAAAUUGAUAUUUGUUGAUUGUAACCCGAAAUCUUAUCAACUCCAACCGAAGAAUGCUCUUGGUUUGAAGAAAUGGAAGGGGGAAGAUGAUGACCGAACACUCGUUGAUCUGGCGCUGUUUUUAAGAACCAUUGCAUCCAGUGGUAUAGAAGAUGUACGGAGUGUGCUGGAGCACUACAGUCAGUUUGACGACCCGCUAGAAGCAUUUAAGGAAAAUCAAAGAAAGCUACAGGAGGAACAAGAAAAGACGAUGAAAGCUCAGGAAGAUCUGCAAAAGCAACAGAGUCUUGUUGGAAGUGUCGCAUCUGGGUUCUUCAGGAGAAGAUAAAACUACCUAACAGUAUUAUUAUGUUGACUAUAUGAACUAGGCUCUGUGUAUAAAUAUAAGAAGAACAGAAAAAUCUAGCUGCCUUGACAAGGAUUUAAAUCACAGAUGUUUAGAUGGCUGGUCUAAUGCUCUACCGAUUGUGCUAUUGAGGCUCCUCAAUGUUCUGUGCAGGUGUGAACCGAACGUGAUGUACUGUAGCCCCCAAAAUAUUUGCGGCUGAUUUUGUUUGCAGCUGCCUACCUUUAACUGCGAAAAUUUACCAACUGCUAGAGCUGUAAGGUGUAAUGUAAGGUGCAGUUCAGCUCAGUCCGCGAAGACCGCAAAAUUAUAACGCCCACAGUCAUUUUCCAGAUUACAGAACUGGAUCCUCCCUUAGUGGACACCUCUCUACAAAGGAAAACCUCUCUACUAAGGACACUAGUUCUUCAAGGGAUGUAUCCUUCAGAAUGAAAUGAUCGUGUUAAGUGUGGCUCUUAUGGGUAUCUCAGCCAAUGUCCUUUUUGCGUUCUCGAUACCGGUAGACAAUCAGGUGACCUUUACUUGUCCAUGUCUUUUAAAUCUGAUGUAUCCUGAAUGAAAUAUACUCUUAUACAGUUUUGCGUUAUAGCAGACAUACAUUUUGAAGGCAGUGAUUAGUAAGUUGCCUUUGAUAACAUAUAACCCUCUACAGACUGCAGUGAACUAUGAGACUUUGAUAUGUCGUAUGAUAGUAGUGAGCCUUGUGCACUUAAUGAAUUGGCAGGACGUGAAGCUUGUAUGCAACUGCUGUAUGUGAAUAAAUAUCAAUAAUUUGA